UCUUCUUUUGCAGACAAUUUCAUAAUUCAAGGCUUUUGAUUGUGAUGUAGCCUUAACCUUGGGCACUGCAAGCUGCUUUGAAAUGCAUCAGGUUCUACUCUGAUUGGGCUAGAAAUUCAUCAACAGGGCAUCUUGUGAUGAAAAUACCGACGUACAGGGUGAGAUCAUAUCUCGCGAGAACGAACGCGAUCCGCCCGUUUAAACACGGGCUGGAAACCCCGUCUUACCCUCUUCCUCUCGCUGUCCACAAGCAAGAUGCCUGGUGUCACAGUGAAAGACGUCAACCAGCAGGAGUUUGUCCGUGCCCUGUCGGCUUUCCUGAAGAAGUCAGGAAAGCUGAAGGUACCAGAUUGGGUGGACAUUGUCAAACUGGCCAAACACAAGGAGCUGGCCCCCAGCGACGAGAACUGGUUCUACACCAGAGCUGCUUCCACAGUGCGCCACCUGUACCUGCGUGGGGGUGCCGGUGUGGGCUCCAUGACCAAAAUUUAUGGUGGUCGCCAGAGGAACGGUGUGUGUCCCGCCCACUUCAGUGUUGGCUCCAAAAACGUGGCCCGCAAGGUGCUGCAGGCCCUCGAGCUUCUGAAGAUGGUGGAGAAGAACCCCAACGGUGGUCGCAGACUAACCGCCCAGGGAACCAGAGAUCUGGACAGGAUUGCUGGCCAGGUUGCAGCUGCGAAGUUGCCCCCGAAGGCUGCCCCCACAGUUUAAUAAAUAUUUUUUGGAGAAGGUGAAA